UUCUCACGACUGGAUACAGGUGGCGCUGCUGUUUCACUGCAAGUACAUAAAACUGUGUAUUAUUAUUGUUGCACUUUAUUGCAUUUAUUAACGAUCUAAAUAAGGUUAGAUAGACAUUAAAAUCUAUUUAAAUAUGGAUUCUGAUACUGAAUUAUUUGAAGACGAGGAGGAGAUUCUUGUAUAUGUCGAAUUUGAAGGAUUUGUUAAUAAUAAUAUAUUUACAAAUGGACAACUUCAAUUAGAUAUGGUUGGAAUAGAUACGGAUCAUCCUAUAAUGCAAAUUGAUGGAAGGUUUUAUGAAGGUACCUACGAAGACGUUGUAGGAACUUUUAUGUUUUUUGAAAAAGAUGACAAACCCAUUGUCGAUGAUCCCAUAUUCGAUCAAACUCCAACAUUAAAAUAUUUUGGAAAGACUAGAAAGGUAUUAAAAAUGCAAAGGGUAUUUGUCAAACAGAGGACUGAAGUUCUUGGAGAUUCUGAACAUAGUAAAUGUAUUCCAAAUAAAGAUACAAUUAAACAGGCUGGUGUACCACCUAUGUAUCAAUCACAAGCAUUAUCCUUUUGGAAGGAUAUAAGAGAUAACAGAAUAGAUGCUUUAUGUGCCUAUUUGGAAAAACAAAAAAUUCGAGAGGAAAAGAAGUCGCAAGGUAUUGCAUUAGAUUCAGAAUCUGAUGAAGAUAAUCCAUUUGCUAUGUAUAAAUAUAAAGAAGAACAUAAAAACGAGAAGAACUUGGAAAAUAAUAAUACCAAUUUAGUUGUUGAUCCAGUCAAGUCUUCUACAAAUGAAACAGUUUUACAAGAAGAAGGAAAUAACGAAGAAAUUAUAAAAGAUAAUCUUAAUAUAUUAGAACAAAUCAAUCCUGAACCAUCUACUUCAAAAGCUAGUAAUUUCUCUAUUGAUACAAAUAUUAAAAAAUGCAAAUCUGUUAAAGUAAUUAGAAAAAAGAAAGAACGUAUUGUUAAAAGUAAAUCAACAAAAAAACAAAAAAAGAAAUCAACAAUUGUAGAAGAUAAAUCCAUAGAAAAUAAUGACGAUAAUAAUACAGAAUCAACACUCUUAACAUUGGAUAACAUUCCUGAAGAUUCUAUCAUGAAUACUGAAAUGAAUAAUCUAGUCAAUAUUGUAAAAAAUACUUCUAAUAUUACGGAUGAUGUAGAGACAGAUAAAGAUACUAAUAAAAAUGUUAAUACAGAUGAAAAGAAAAUGGAAAUCGUUAAUGAUCUUAUAGAAGAUGAUGUUGUUGAUAAAAAGCAUAAAAAAUUAUUAAAACGUGAGGCAAAAAUGAAAGAAUUAUCAGAAAAAUUAAAAUCCGUGGCGGAAGAAUUUGUCAAAGCAAAUAUAAAUCAGUGACAAGGUAUAAUUAUAAGUAACACAUAAUUUAAUAAAUAAUAAAAUCUACUGUUGAGAUUGAUCUUUCCAUUCAAGAAAGAUUAUUUUAUAUAUAGAUUACAAACAUAAUUAAGUUAUAUUGUUAAAUAUAAAAUACUGCACUGAACUAGCCGACCAGCUUAGAAUAACAAAAUGGCUAUAAAUAUUUUUUUUUCAAUACGUAUAUAGCCAAUAAAAUCUAGUCAAUAAACCUUAAAAUUAUAUAAUAUUCUUGCUGGUAAUUAAGAAAAAUA